UUGAACUGCCAACAGCCUCCACUUUGCAAACCAGCCCAGUUCACAAAGAAGCUGAUUUCACUCGAGCGUUCGAUCUACCCAAGUUUCUUGAAGUUUUUUUCUUCGGAGUGAUAGUGAUGGCAGAAGCGGAAGCUGCAGAGCGAAGAGUACUGGUGGCCGUCGACGAGAGCGAGGAGAGCAUGCAUGCCUUGUCUUGGUGCCUCAAGAAUAUCGUCUCCGACAAAUUCAGAGACACCCUUUUGCUCCUCUAUGUGAAACCUCCUCGGGCUAUGUCCACAGCUCUCGAUGGCACAGGUACAAGAUGUUAUACGGAAGCCUACUUGUUUUCAUCCGAAGUGAUGCUUGCCAUUGAGAGGUACGGCAAUGAAGUGGCCGAUUGUGUGAUGCUGAAAGCCAAGAAAUUGUGCAGUGAGCUUGCUGAUGUUAAGGUGGAGACAAGAAUGGAGAAUGGUGAUGCACGGGAUGUGAUCUGCCAGAUGGCAGACAAAUUGGGGGCUGAUCUGUUGGUGAUGGGAAGCCAUGGCUAUGGCCUGAUUAAGAGGACUUUUCUGGGGAGCGUGAGCAAUCACUGUGCACAGAAUGCGAAGUGUCCUGUGAUGAUAGUGAAGAAGCCCAAGUCCACUGCCAACAGCCAGUAACUAAACCCAAGCGGCUCUUUGCUCUGUUUAGGCUUUUUCUCUUUGUAGAACUUCUCUGUCUCUCUUGAGUUGUGUGACCUACUGCCGUUGCCUCAUUUGGUCAAGUGUCCUGUAAAUGCUGUUUUCUCAUUCACGUUUCUUGUGAAAUUGAGCCGAGGGUACAUCUCAGCAUUUCCCCUUUCGAAAUGCUCACAUGCAUCGCGGGUUGCAUUUAACAUGAUGUACUAUAAUCAAUCGCGACAUAGUCAUUUGGAUAUAGUUUUUGAUCCUAGAAUUUGCCCAGAGAAACGUUGACAGUCUCAUUGGCCCCUUAAAGGAGCAAUGAUAGCCAAGACGAAAUCAUUUUCUAGGGUGCUGUCA